GCGAAGUCGUGUUCUUUUGUUUCCCGCGCAGCUAAUUUGUAUCAGAAAUUUUAAUUGUCGCUUUGUAUAUGUUAUUAUCACAGAGAUCCGGUUCAGAAAAGCCGCAUGCAAUUACUUCGAGCCUUUUUGUAUAUUUAAAAGGAGAUUGAUACUUUUUGUGCCACCAGAGACUGAUAACAUUGAUAACAGCUGACUUGAAAUGACGCGUGGUGUUUUGCGGUUGUGUGCAUUCGGAGGCGAAUCGAUAUUACAACUUCCUAAGGCUAAGGCACAUCCCCUGCGUUUGUUCUCAUAUAGUGUCCGUGUUACACAGAAAGACAGCAAAACAGCAUCUGCUGCAGUUGGAAUUCCAUAUAAGAACCUAAUAGUAGGUGUCCCAAAGGAAAGGUGGAUUAAUGAGAGACGUGUCGCUGUUACCCCCGCUGUUACCGCUUCGCUGGUUAAAAAAGGAUUCAAUGUUAAUGUCGAAGCAGGAGCCGGAUUGGAAGCAAAAUUUCGCGACAGUGAAUAUGUUUCAGCUGGAGCCAAAAUUGUCGAAAAAGAAAAAGCAUUCCAAUCUGAUAUCAUUCUUAAGGUUAGACAACCGAUGGAUACUGAAAUUACAGCAAUGAAGGCCAAUUCCACAUUGAUUUCCUUUUUAUAUCCAUCUCAAAACAAGGAUUUAAUCGACAAAUUAGCUCAGCAGAAACUCACUGCCUUUGCGAUGGAUGCAAUCCCACGUAUCUCCCGUGCACAAGUUUUUGAUGCGCUAUCUUCGAUGGCCAACAUAUCUGGAUACCGAGCUGUGAUCGAAGCGGCUAAUCACUUUCCGCGCUUUUUUACUGGUCAAAUUACAGCAGCUGGUAAAGUACCUCCCGCAAAAAUUCUAGUAAUUGGCGGUGGAGUUGCUGGUUUGGCUGCUAUAGGACAGGCUCGUGGUAUGGGUGCUAUCGUCAGGGCUUUUGACACUCGUCCUGCUGUGAAGGAGCAGGUCGAAAGUAUGGGUGCCGAAUUUUUGACAAUUAAUAUUCAUGAAGAUGGAUCAACCGCAGGAGGAUACAGCAAAGAAAUGAGUAAAGAGUUCAUUGAAGCAGAAAUGGCAUUGUUUGCUAAACAAUGUAAGGAAGUAGAUGUAGUUAUUACUACGGCUUUGAUUCCGGGAAAGAAGGCACCAGUAUUAAUUACUGAAGAAAUGGUUAAAUCUAUGAAACCGGGAAGUGUGAUUGUAGAUUUAGCAGCUGAAGCAGGUGGAAAUGUAGCAACAAUUGUUCCUGGGGAAGUGAAAGUUAUUCAUGACGUCGUUCAUAUUGGUUUAACAGAUUUUCCAAGUCGGCUUCCUACACAAAGCUCUACUCUGUAUGCGAACAACAUUUCAAAGUUUUUGCUCUCCAUGAGUGAAAAGGACAGUUUUGUUAUCAAACUGGAGGAUGAGGUAGUCCGAGGAAGUAUGGUCUUGCAGAAUGGUAAUCUGAUGUGGCCACCGCCAGUGAUUGCUGUAUCGGCAAAACCUCCACCUGCUGUAGCUGCACCAGUUGUGAAGACUGAGCCGCCACCUUCAAAUGUAUUCAACGAUACCUUGAAAACCAGUUUGAUGUAUACAUCCGGUUUAGGCAGUUUGCUUGGCCUUGGUGCCAUUGCACCUAAUCCGGCGUUCACAACAAUGAUGACGACUUUUGCUAUGUCUGGUAUCGUAGGUUAUCACACUGUUUGGGGAGUUACACCUGCGCUGCACUCACCUCUUAUGUCCGUUACAAAUGCGAUUUCUGGAAUAACAGCUGUUGGCGGUCUUCUACUCAUGGGUGGUGGUGUUACUCCUACAAACACAAUUGAGACUUUGGCCGCUAGUGCUGCUCUUAUUUCAUUUAUCAACAUAUUUGGAGGUUUUCUAGUAACUCAGCGCAUGUUAGAUAUGUUCAAAAGACCAACUGAUCCACCAGAGCACAACUAUUUGUUUGGAAUCCCUGCUGCCGUAUUUUUAGGAGGAUAUGGGCUUGCUAUGCUUCAAGAAAUGCCAGAAAUUCAUCAGAUGACUUAUCUCGCUUCUAGUUUAUGUUGCAUAGGUGCUUUAGUAGGACUUUCAUCUCAGAAGACUUCUCGUCUAGGAAAUGCUCUUGGAAUGAUUGGUGUUACGGGUGGAAUCGCCGCUACUUUGGGCCAUAUGGCACCUAGUACAGACGUUCUUAUGCAAAUGGGGGGCGUUACUGGAAUUGGUGCAUUGAUUGGAUCUAUUAUAGCCAAGAGAAUUCAAAUCACCGACCUCCCUCAAUUAGUGGCAGCCUUUCAUAGUUUAGUCGGUGCUGCAGCAGUGUUAACUUGCGUUGCUACAUACAUGCAUGAUUUCCCUACUUUGGCAACGGAUCCGGCUGCCAAUGUUCUAAAGACAGCGUUGUUUUUGGGAACCUACAUAGGAGGUGUAACAUUUAGUGGUUCUUUAGUUGCAUACGGAAAGCUACAAGGGUUUUUGAAUUCCGCUCCAUUGCUGUUACCCGGUCGUCAUUAUCUCAACGCAGGAUUACUGGCAGGAAAUAUUGGUGCAAUGGGUCUAUUUUUCAUGGAACCAACACUGACAGGAGGAUUGGGUCUGUUAGGUACCACAGCUGCAUUAUCAACAGCUAUGGGAGUCACACUAACGGCAGCUAUUGGAGGAGCUGACAUGCCUGUUGUAAUUACCGUGCUUAAUUCAUACUCUGGCUGGGCCUUGUGCGCCGAAGGGUUUAUGUUAAACAACAAUCUGAUGACUAUCGUUGGAGCAUUGAUUGGCUCCUCUGGCGCUAUUUUGUCUUAUAUAAUGUGCAAAGCUAUGAAUCGGUCAUUGCCUAACGUAAUUUUGGGCGGAUACGGCACAUCAUCUACAGGUGGAGGAAAACCUGCGGAGAUUGUCGGAACGCACACAGAAGUUAAUGUGGAUGGCGUAGUCGACAUGAUCAGAAAUUCGAAAAAUAUCAUUAUUACUCCGGGAUACGGCUUAUGUGUGGCGAAGGCACAGUAUCCGAUUGCAGAAAUGGUUAGCAUUUUAAAAUCGCAAGGAAAGAAGGUUCGUUUCGGAAUCCAUCCUGUUGCGGGUAGAAUGCCUGGACAAUUAAAUGUCUUACUGGCGGAGGCUGGUGUUCCAUACGAUGAUGUAUUAGAAAUGGAAGAAAUUAAUGAGGACUUCUCUGAUACCGACCUGGCUCUUGUAAUUGGAGCUAAUGACACCGUGAACAGUGCUGCUGAAGAUGAUCCUAAUUCCAUUAUUGCUGGUAUGCCCGUACUUCGUGUGUGGAAAGCCGAUCAGGUUGUUGUCAUGAAACGAUCGCUUGGUGUUGGUUAUGCAGCCGUUGACAACCCAAUUUUCUAUAAACCGAAUACCUCAAUGUUGUUGGGUGAUGCCAAGAAGACUUGCGAUGCUUUAUUAUCCAAGAUUAAAGAAGCCGCACAGUAGUUUCUAGAGUCGAUGAAAUUUGGUUUGUUAUCUCGAAAAAUAUCUUCUAAUUUGGUUUAAUUUGUUGUAUUGUAUGAGAAGAAAAGCCAUUGAGUAUUUGAGCUGCGGAAACAAAUGUGUGUAAAUAUAAAAUAUGAACGAUUCAACUAAACAA